AUGGAUAAAUACGCCAAAAUUAAAAAGAUCGGAGAAGGAAGCUUUGGCAAAGCUGUACUAGUUCGUAAUAGGACGGACUCAAAGCAAUAUGUUAUUAAAGAAAUUAACAUCUCAAAGAUGCAAAAGAAGGAGAGAGAUGAAGCUAGAAAAGAGGUUGAAGUUUUAUCUCAAUUAAAACAUCCUAAUAUUGUCACCUAUAGAGAGUCUUUCGAAGAACGAGGAAAUCUUUACAUUGUCAUGGACUACUGCGAUGGAGGUGAUUUGUAUCAGAAAAUCAACCAGAGAAGAGGAGUUUUGUUUCCGGAAGAUCAGAUCUUAGAUUGGUUUGUCCAAAUCUGCUUGGCAAUGAAGCAUGUCCACGAUCGUAAAAUAUUACAUCGCGACAUCAAAUCGCAAAAUAUCUUCCUGACAAAAGGUGGAAUAAUUAAACUAGGCGAUUUCGGAAUUGCUAAAGUUCUUAACAGUACUGUGGAAUUAGCUAGGACAUGCAUUGGAACACCGUAUUAUUUAUCACCUGAAAUUUGUGAAAAUCGCCCAUAUAAUAACAAGAGUGAUAUUUGGUCACUUGGUUGUGUGCUGUAUGAAAUUACAACUUUAAAGCACGCGUUUGAAGCCGGCAAUAUGAAAAAUUUAGUUUUGAAGAUAAUCAGAGGAUCUUAUCCUCCAAUUCCUUCUCAGUACAGCUCUGAGCUUCGUCAACUUAUCUCGAGCUUGUUUAAACGAAGCUAUCGAGAACGUCCUUCUAUCAAUUCUGUCUUGAAAAAGUCAAUUAUACGCAACCGAAUCGAUAAAUUUCUAUCUAAAACCGUACGUUAA